GACCUCAUAAUGACAGGCAUUGAAGUUGACUAAAACUUCUUCUUUACUAAUGGAGCACAACAUUUCCUUUUUCUUUUUUAAUUGAAGUUUAUCUUUCUCUGUGGGCUCUGACUCUGUAGAAUGUAGCUUUUCUAUUUGAUGGUAUUAAUAUAAGUUUAGAAAUCCUUAUCCACUUCUUGUUGUUGCAUUUAAUUCACAUUUAAUUCAUCUCAAUCUCCAACACUUUUAUUUUAAGCAUAUUUCUAGCAUGCCUUUGAAAAGUUCUCACAGAUUUAUUUUGGCUAUACAAGUCAAAUAGUUUUUUGCCAUAUAAACCAAACAAUCAAAUCUGCUGACCAUAGAUCUACAAGGUCAUGAAAAUGGUUGCCAAAAUGCCGUCAGCUCUGUUGGUGUUUCUGCCAUUUUUCCUGCUCUCUGUAAUUGGUAUAUGUAGUGGAGAUCAAACAACAGCUUUUUUUGCUUUUGGAGAUUCAUAUGCAGACACUGGAAAUUACCAUCCUCCUAUGAAUAAUAGCAUAGUUUCAGCAUGGAAGUAUCCAUAUGGUAUCACUUGGCCUGGGCACCCAUCUGGCAGGGUAUCAUCUGGCAGAAUUCUUACAGAUUAUUUAGCCCAAAUCUUAGGUCUUCCAUCUCCAGUAACUUACAGGGUCCUGAACAGUUCAACCCAGCAUAUAGUAGCAUUGCAAGGCAUAAACUUUGCAAUAUCAUACAGUGGGGUAUUUGACUCAUUUGGAGUUCCAAAGCUUAGUGUCCAAGUUGGAAAUUUGAAGGAUACCAUUAUAUCUCAGAAAUAUGAUUCUCACCAUCUAAAACACUCAAUAGUACUUCUUACUCUUAAUGGAAAUGAUUAUGCUGCUGCCAAUGUUAGCGCAGUGGGAACAGAGAAGUUUGUCAAGAGUGUUAUAACAGAGAUGAAACUGCAGCUCACAGAGCUUUAUAAUCUUGGGCUAAGGAAUUUUCUGGUAUCAAAUAACAUGCCCUUUGACUGUCAACCUGGUUAUCUACAGUCUGGAGCAGUAUGCUUCAACACAACAAUGGAGUUAGUGUCCACCCACAACAACUAUCUAUCAAAAGCCAUUUCAGAGCUGAGUAAACUUGAAGAUGCCAACUUCCUCAUCCUUGAUUUCUUUGCAGCCUUCUCUCAUAUUACCUUGAACCCAUUUGCAUAUGGAAUCCAUGAGAUGAGUAGAUCGUGCUGUUCUAGAGAUGUAAACAUGAGUAGCUCAGCUAUUGGGUGUGCUGAUUAUGAUGAACAAGGAAGAGCUCUUUUUCAUCUGUGCAAGUCUCGAGAGGAAUUUUUCUUUUUUGAUUGGUACCAUCCUACUCAGAAGGGAUGGCAAGUGAUGAUAAAUCUUCACUACUCCCAUAGUGGGUUUGUUCAAGAUGGCUCUUCUUCUCCUUUUCAAUCAUUAGCAGAAUGGCUUUCUGAGAGGGUGGGCUUGGAUUCUUAUCCUCCCAAAUUUUCACAAAAAAGCAUAGAAAAGUGAACAAUAAAUAUUAAAGCUGUGAUCACAAAUUCCGCAUUAUAAUCCAUUUUUGUUUGCUUA